AUGGGAGAAGAGGAUGUUAAUUACGUCAAGUCGGUGUCGGCGAGUAGCAUGGUCGUGGUCUCCAACAGGCUUCCUUUUAUAUUAAAAAGAAAUGAACAAACUGGUCGUUUGGAAAGAAAAGCAAGUGCUGGAGGUUUAGUUACAGCUGCCAUACCCGAAUCAGAUCCAAACGAUAAAACUCCCACGGCUGGUUUACUAUCGAACCAAGUCGUUGCCGUAAAUUGCGAUCGUCACCUUUUCGAACUCUUUUACAACGGAUGCUGUAACGGAACUUUUUGGCCUUUGUUUCAUUCAAUGCCGGAUAGAGCUGAAUUUUCUGCGGAUACGUGGAAGGCAUACGUUAAAAUCAAUCAAGAAUUUGCCAAGAGAACAAUGCAGGCUUUGGAAACUCUAAGAAAUGAAAAUUCUGCCAUUGUGCCAACCGUUUGGAUCCACGAUUACCAACUCAUGAUAUGUCCCAAUUGGGUUCGACAAGCCACCGAGGAGGCUGGAAUUCGUUGCAAAAUGGGUUUUUUUUUACACAUUCCAUUUCCUCCUUGGGAUAUAUUUCGACUUUUUCCUUGGUCCGAUGAAAUUUUACAAGGAAUGUUAGGCUGUGAUAUGGUUGGAUUCCAUAUUGAGGAUUACUGUUUAAAUUUUGUCGAUUGUUGUCAGAGACGAUUGGGAUGUCGUGUGGAUCGUAAAAAUCUUUUAGUCGAACACGGUGGACGUUCCGUUCGUGUCAGACCCUUGCCCAUCGGUAUUCCAUUCGAAAGAUUUGUACAAUUGGCCGAGUCCGCAACGAGGGUCAUGUUGACAAAUCAACAAAUUGUUCUCGGGGUGGAUAGAUUGGAUUACACAAAGGGUCUCGUUCAUAGGUUAAAAGCUUUUGAAAGACUGUUGCAAAAAUAUCCUCAACAUAUAGAGAAGGUCACGUUACUUCAAAUAGCAGUGCCUUCAAGAACUGACGUACGAGAAUACCAAGAGCUCAAAGAAGAAAUGGAUCAAUUGGUGGGAAGAAUAAACGGUUGUUUUACCACGCCGAAUUGGUCACCGAUUAGGUACAUAUAUGGUUGUGUUAGUCAAGAUGAAUUGGCUGCUUUCUAUCGAGAUGCUGCCGUGGCAUUAGUAACUCCUUUACGAGACGGAAUGAAUUUAGUUGCCAAAGAAUUUGUCGCUUGUCAAAUAAAUACACCCCCGGGUGUUUUAAUAGUUUCACCCUUUGCCGGUGCGGGUGAAAUGAUGCACGAAGCUUUGGUUUGCAAUCCCUACGAGAUAGAUGAUGCAGCCGAAGUCAUUCACAGAGCUCUAACUAUGCCGGAAGAUGAAAGAACUUUACGUAUGAAUUAUUUACGCCGACGUGAAAAAGUUCACGAUGUUAAUUAUUGGAUGAGAUCUUUUCUCAAAGCCAUGGGUACCCUCAUAACCGAAGAUGGUGAAGAAACUUUACCCACGACCAUGCAACCGGUAACCUUGGACGAUUUCGACGAAUACUUAGCAAAGUAUAUUGGUAGCAGUCAUAAAUUGGCACUUCUUUUGGAUUACGACGGAACAUUAGCACCCAUUGCUCCUCAUCCAGAUCUGGCAAUUUUACCACCGGAAACUAAAAACGUGCUGGAACGUUUGAGCAAUCAAAGCGAUGUUUAUAUCGCUAUCAUUUCCGGUAGAAAUGUGGAAAACGUCAAAAAAAUGGUUGGAAUCAAAGGAAUCACUUAUGCUGGAAAUCACGGUCUUGAAAUUUUGCAUCCGGACGGUAGUAAAUUUGUUCAUCCCAUGCCGAGCGAAUUCGAAGAUAAAGUCACGGAUUUGUUGAAAGCUCUUCAAGAGCAAGUUUGCAAAGAGGGGGCUUGGGUGGAAAAUAAGGGAGCUUUGCUUACUUUUCACUACAGGGAAACUCCUUUGUCACUUCGUCCGGCUUUGGUCGAACAAGCGAAACAAUUAAUAGAAGCAGCAGGAUUCAGAGCAGGGCGUGCUCAUUGUGCAAUCGAAGCGAAACCUCCGGUACAAUGGAACAAAGGUAGGGCUUCCAUUUACAUAUUAAGGACAGCUUUCGGAGUAGAUUGGUCCGAGAGAAUUCGUAUAAUUUAUGCAGGAGAUGAUACGACCGACGAGGAUGCAAUGCAGGCACUUAAAGGUAUGGCGGCCACGUUUAGAAUUACGUCAUCACACAUUGUUAAAACAGCCGCAGAAUAUAGGUUGCCAUCAACGGAUAGCGUACUCACGAUGCUCAAAUGGGUCGAACGUCAUUUAAAUAGACGAGAGCCUAGGGAACCAAUGCACAACGAAAAAAGAUAUCAUCGUUCUCACUCGCACUUGUCUAAUAAUGGCGUAACUAUGGAAAUGUCUUUUCAGGAUGAAAAAAAAUCAGAAAAACAUAAUUGCGAACAUAUAUUCACGAGUAAUAAUGCCAUUUCCAUCCAUUAA